UCCCCGUCGGCGUGGACGUCCAGGUGGAGAGCCUGGAUGCCAUAUCGGAGGUGGACAUGGACUUCACCAUGACUCUGUAUCUGAGGCACUACUGGAAGGACGAGCGUCUGUCCUUCAGGAGCAACAACAACCAGAGCAUGACCUUCGACGGCCGCCUGGUCAAGAAGAUCUGGGUGCCCGACAUGUUUUUUGUCCACUCGAAGAAAUCCUUCACGCACGACACCACCACAGACAACGUGAUGCUGCGAGUCUACCCCGACGGGAAGGUCCUCUACAGCCUCAGGGUGACGGUCACCGCCAUGUGCAGCAUGGAUCUGAGUCGCUUCCCUCUCGACACGCAGACGUGCUCUUUAGAGAUCGAGAGCUACGCGUACACAGACGAUGACCUGAUGCUGUACUGGAAGGAAGGAAACAGGUCGUUAAACACCGACGAGAGGAUUUCUCUGUCUCAGUUCCUCAUCCAGGAGUUCCACACCACCACCAAGCUGGCCUUCUACAGCAGCACAGGCUGGUACAACCGUCUGUACAUCAACUUCACCCUGCGGCGCCACAUCUUCUUCUUCCUGCUGCAGACCUACUUCCCCGCCACGCUCAUGGUCAUGCUGUCCUGGGUGUCGUUCUGGAUCGACCGCAGAGCCGUGCCCGCCAGGGUGCCCCUGGGCAUCACCACGGUGCUCACCAUGUCCACCAUCAUCACCGGCGUCAACGCCUCCAUGCCCAGAGUCUCCUACAUCAAAGCCGUGGACAUCUACCUCUGGGUCAGCUUCGUCUUCGUCUUCCUCUCCGUCAUCGAGUACGCAGCCGUCAACUACCUGUCCACCCUGCAGGAGCGGAAGGAGAGGAAGCUGCGGGAGCGGCUCCCGUGCACCUGCGGCCUGGCACAUCCCGGCAUGAUGUCGGCCAGCUACAGCGAGGUGGACGCCAACACCACCGGGCACUACGGCAUGCCCAAGGAGAACGGCGUGAAGCGGGAGAGGAUGCUGGUGCAGCUGGCCAUGGAGACCGACCAGGUCACGGGUCACGUGGGCUCCAGCGCCUACAGCAACGUCUGGAUCGACACGCACGUCAUCGACAAGUACUCUCGGUUCAUCUUCCCCGGAUCUUAUAUCCUCUUCAACGUCAUCUACUGGUCCAUCUACUCCUAACA